AUGGACAUGUCUUUCGCUAGAAUACACGUUGGCGAUCUGGUUCUGGUUAAUAGCUUUGCAAAAGUGGUGAUCAGCGGAAAGGUGCAAGACUACGAAAACUACUACGGUUUGGAUGACACUGCAGUCAAACGCAAACGCUUGGGGCCAGCUGAGGGUCAUGUUGAAGUGGACCGCAGCCUUCCUGCCCAACGGAUACCCACUGUUAUGAGCAACAAUCACAGAAAAUUGGCAUCCAAAGGGAUCUUAAAUCAUCCACGUCCCUUCACUUCCGGAUGA